AUGGCGGCGGCGGCGGCGGCCGUCUCCACGGCCACGGUGCGAGUCUUCAAUAUCCCGCCAUCGGCCGUCGCCACCGAGCUUCUCGCCUUUUUCGACUCCGCCGUCGCCGCUGACGGCGCCGCAUACGCCUGCGAGAUAGCCGCCGCCCGCCGCGGCUGGCUCAGCCGAGGCCACGGGACCGUUCAGUUCGAUUCCACCGCCGCCGCCACUGCUGCUACCAAACUCGCCUCCACCGGUCGCCUACCCCACUUCCUCGGCUCCCGCCUCUCCGUCACCCCUGCCACCACCGACCUCCUCCCCCGGGCGCCCGAACUUGCGCUCCGCGUGGCAAGCGCGCGCCUCCUCGUCGGAGACCGCGUCGCCGAGCGCGAAUUGGAGGAGGCCGAUGCCUGGGACGGCGUGCGCGUGGAGGUCAUCCCGGGGAAGCGGCGCCUGGACCUGUACCUGAAUCACAAGUCCCAGAGGUACAAGCUUGGGGUGCAUUUCGAGGACAUUGGGCACUGCUUCGGGUGCAGCCUGGAUGGGAUGAAAGCCAUCUUGCUGCAGCUCACAUAUGCACCAAGAAUACAUACCACAAUUUCCGGGCCUGCAGUUUAUGCAAGGUUCACAGAGGACCGCUUUCAUGCAUGCAAGGAGGAUGCCAAUUUUACCUGGGUCAGAGCACUAGAUUUUACACCUAACCAGUCUUUUGGGAAGUGUUCUACUAUUGUCCUAAAACUGGAUGAUGGUGCAUCAGUGUCAAAUAUUCUUGAUAGCAUACCCUUUUCAGGAGAAUUAGGGGAAUUGGUCGUUUCUUCAAUGGAUGUUAGCCCCUCAUCCAAAGUGGUUCCCCUUGUUGACUGUCCAAGUGGUUGUUCAGUGUCUUAUGAAGCUCUUUUCCGUCUCAAUUCUCUUGUUCACAUGGGGAAGAUAGUUGCUAAACAUGUUAAUGCUGAUUUGUUUAAAGCUCUUGAAGGAAUACCAGAUCAUAUUUCAAGGAGGAUUUUCGAGAAAAUGAGCAAGUUAGAGUCUACAUGCUACGAACCUUUGCAAUUCAUCCAACAACAGGCCUGUAGCAGGAAGAUGAGCCACAAUCCUUUGUUGUUCCGGAAGAUUGAAUCCGAAGGGAAAUUAAUGAGGUGUUACAGAAUUCACAUUACUCCAACAAAAAUAUACUGCUUGGGACCUGAGGAAGAAGUUUCAAAUUAUGUGGUUAAACAUCAUAUUAAGUAUGCUUCUGACUUCGUUAGAGUUACUUUUGUUGACGAAGACUGGAGUAAGCUGUUUCCAGAUGCAAUCUCAGCUAGAAAUGGACAAGGGUUCUUUUCCCAACCCUUCAAAACUGGCCUGUAUUAUCGCAUUUUAUCCAUUCUAAAAGAAGGGUUUUCUGUUGGUCCAAAGAAAUAUGAGUUUUUGGCCUUCUCAGCAAGUCAACUUCGUGGCAGUUCUGUUUGGAUGUUUGCUUCUAAUGAUUCUUUGAACGCAGAGGAUAUAAGAAGGUGGAUGGGCCACUUUGAAGGAAUUCGUUCAGUAUCUAAGUGUGCGGCCAGAAUGGGCCAGCUGUUCAGCUCUUCCAGGCAAACAUUUGAAAUCGCAGUAUCACAGCAGGUGGAAGAGAUUCCAGAUAUUGAAGUCACAACUGAUGGCACUAAGUACACAUUUUCUGAUGGCAUCGGGAAGAUGUCUGAGAGAUUUGCCAAAGAUAUUGCUCACCUAAUUGGACUAGACCAUGUUAACCCUCCUUCAGCUUUUCAAAUAAGGUUUGGUGGCUAUAAAGGAGUUGUUGCUGUUGAUCCUGAUUCGUUUCGUAGACUUUCUCUACGACCUAGUAUGAAGAAAUUUGAAUCAAAGAGCACAAUGUUUAACGUUACAAGUUGGAGCAAGCCCCAGCCAUGCUAUAUGAAUCGUGAAAUUAUCUCUCUCCUUUCAACUUUGGGAAUACGAGAUGAGACAUUUGAGUUGAUGCAACACGAUGAUAUGCGUGAAUUAGAUGAAAUGCUGAACAACAGAGAAGCUGCUCUUUCUGUCCUGGGGAAAAUUGGUAGCGCUGAAACCAAGACAGCAUCUAAGAUGUUGCUGCAAGGUUAUGAACCAAGUUUAGAGCCUUACCUGUUGAUGAUUCUUAAGGCCCACCAGGAUAAUAGGCUGACUGACAUAAGAACUAGAUGUAAGAUUCAUGUUCCGAAAGGUCGUGUUCUUCUUGGUUGUUUGGAUGAGACAGGUGAAUUAAAAUAUGGUCAAGUUUUCAUCAGAAUUACAAAGAGCAGCAAAGAGCAGAAAGAGAACGAUCAACCGUAUUUUUGUGAAGAUAAUAGAGAUAAUGGGAAAGCAAUUGUUGUCGGGAAAGUUACAAUAUCGAAAAAUCCUUGUCUCCAUCCUGGUGACAUCAGAGUACUUGAAGCUGUCUAUGACCAGGGGCUGUAUGACAAGAAUCUGGUUGAUUGUGUCGUCUUCCCUCAAAGAGGAGAAAGGCCUCAUCCAAAUGAAUGCUCCGGGGGUGAUUUGGAUGGUGACCUCUAUUUUAUCACUUGGGAUGACAAACUCAUUCCAGAGAAGGUUGAUACACCGAUGGACUACACUGCAGCAAGGCCGCGUAUAAUGGAUCAUGUUGUUACAAUUGAGGAAAUUCAGAAGAACUUUGUGGAUUACAUGAUAAAUGACUCGCUGGGUGCUAUCUCAACUGCUCACUUGAUCCACGCUGACCGUCAUCCAAUGAAAGCUCGCAGCCCAGAGUGCCUCCAGCUAGCUGCUUUGCAUUCAAUGGCAGUCGACUUCGCCAAGACGGGGGCUCCAGCUGAAAUGCCCCGAGCACUGAGACCGAGGGAGUACCCUGACUUCAUGGAACGAUGGGAAAAACCUAUGUAUAUCUCAAAUGGAGUUCUGGGCAAGCUCUACCGAGCAGCUGCGAACCGUAUGGAGACCUCGCAUGCUCUCUCAUCCUUGGUUCAGUCGAACCCUGCAUUCGAUUCUGACCUUGAGGUCCCUGGCUUUGAGGUAUUCCUGGAACGCGCAGAGGAGUACUAUGACCUGUACGCGGAGAAGCUGACCACACUGAUGACCUACUACGGUGCGGCGCACGAAGAAGAGAUCCUGACUGGCAACAUCCGGAACAAGCUCAUGUACCUGAAGAGGGACAACAAGAGGUACUUCGAGAUGAAGGACCGCAUCAUCGACUCGGUCGCCGGCCUGCACAAGGAGUUGCUGGGUUUGUUCAAGAGCGACCCGAAGGAGGAGUGGUCGAGGAUGGCGUCGGCGUGGUACCACGUGACUUACCACCCGGACCACCGCCGGCCGGGGAAGAAGCAGUUCUGGAGCUUCCCGUGGAUCAUCUGCGACGAGCUGCUGAAAAUCAAGGAGUCCAGUGCCAAUCAGCGCAGGCAGCAAGCGGAUGAUGAUGUGCCGGCGCCAGCCCCGAUGGACUGCGGCCCCUGAACGUCGGGUCCAGCCAAGUUGGAGUUGUGUAGAUCAGUAGAGGUAAUAAGUGGCAACUGCAGUUGUGUCGCAGGCGAACUGUCUCGAUGCACCGCCGCUGCAUGUAGCAAUACUCUACUGUUGUUGAACUGCAGACCAUCUGAGCAGAACUCAACAGCGGAGCUGAUGUUCCUCAGAUGAACGGGCAGCUUUGCUGGAUCUGUGUGACUGGAAGUCUGGAACGAAUGAACUGUGUUCUUGGUGGAACUGGA